GGCAGACUAGUAUUUAAAGGGCUGGAGCGAGUGGGACUGCGCUAUUAACUGCAGGCGCGUUGGCACAGGCUCCUUUGGCCCGUGUCGGCACAGCCACCCACCGUGCCAAGCAUCCGCCGAUGCUUCGGGCUCGCCCCCUGCCCAGCCCAGCCCCCCGCAGUCCGGCUCCAACGGUGCACGCAUCCGCAAGCUCUCUGGCCGCUAGCUCUCUCGGGCUCCUGCAGCGCCAUGAAGCGGGAUCCGCUGCAGCAGCAUCCGAAGCAGCAGCAUCCCUCCAGCGGAGGGACGCAGCAUCCCCCUGGACGGCAGGAGGAGGAGGAGGAGGAGGAGUCCGCUGCUCGAGAAGAUGAGCCCCCGAAAUCCCCUCUCUGGGUCUUCGGCUACGGCUCGCUGGUGUGGAGACCUGAUUUCGAAUUCACCUCCCGCAAAGUGGGCUAUAUCCGCGGCUACAGCCGCCGCUUCUGGCAAGGCGACACCUUCCACCGAGGCAGCGAGAAGAUGCCCGGAAGAGUGGUCACCCUCCAAGAAGAUUACGAGGGGUGCACAUGGGGUGUUGCCUACGAACUCUGUGGAGAUCAAAUUGCUGCCUCGCUCAAGUAUUUAAACAUACGGGAAGCUGUGCUCGGAGGCUACGUCACCAAGCUGGUGAAGUUCCAUCCUCAGGAGAAAGAGACUGUUGAGCCCUUUCUGGCCCUGGUUUACAUCGCUACCCCUCAGAACCCCUCCUACCUCGGGCCAGCAUCGGAAGAGGAUAUUGCAGCACAGAUCAUAGUUUCCAGUGGCCGUUCUGGCCAUAAUAUAGAGUAUCUGCUGCGGCUAGCGGACUUCAUGCGCUAUUUCUGCCCUCAGGUAGAGGAUGAGCACUUGUUCUCCAUUGAGGAGGCGCUGAUCUCUAUCCUGCCUUGCCUAUACCAUGCUGAGGAGUCCUUAGUGGAAGAAACUGUGUCCCCCCAGAGGGGCUGAAAGAAGACUUGUUAACCAAGGAUAAGAGAUGAACACAAGGCACACUUUUUCUCUACUGCUAUUUUAGGAAUUCCAAGUGCAGCAAUCCCUUUAACCUUCCAAGUGGGGGGAAGGUUUGGUCUGCCUUCCUUGUAGUAUUUCUGAAUGCUGCCCACCCACAAGCAGAGACUCGGGUGCAAUGUUAAAACACUACGAGUUUUGCUCUACCUCACAGACAGACUGGCAAAGCCACUAGUGUGGUGUGUGGUAGAGGCUACUGGAUGUUUUUAAGCCCAAGGAAUUGGUCUUUCUCUCCCUCUCCCACCUCCAUUACAGUGACUUGAACUUAACGCAUGUGCCGGGGUUCCAGUGCAAUAUGAACUUGCUUUGCCUUCUGUAGGCUCAGUUGGGGCCAAACAGACCUGUCUUAAAAGAACAGUUAAUGCUCUGUUGUUGUUUUUUUAUAAAACUUGAAAAUGUAUUUAUUGUAAUGAAUAUAUAUACAUAUAUAUAUAUAUUUCAUUUAAAGGAAAGUGUCCGAUUGUUUGCUCAUGUCCUAGAAGAUGCUCUGCAGUGCAAGGGCCAUUACAAGUAUGUGUGUGAGUCUGUGCCUUCUGCUUUUAGAGCAGUCUUGCUGCCUUAAGUACAGGAACGUCUAAUCAGUUUGCUGCUACAGGCUGUUCCCUUAAGGUAGCUUUCUGCAAAUAGUAUCUCUAUGUAGUGCAUUUCUGAUAUACACAAUAUCGUUCUUCCCCUUCUGCUCCCUCUACCACACAUCUCUCUUCUGUGACCGUGGGGUGUAAAUACUGUUUUAAAGAUGGGGACUCCCACCCACCCACUAUACCAUAGGUCAGUUCCAAUGACAUUUUGAUCAACACAGCAGCCUUUGACUUAAUAUACAAAAACAUGCCAAGGCAGCUGAAUGAUGUUGCACAUGGAGGAAAGUCCUGAGUAGUGGCCAGAGACUUGGCUGAACAACAUGGGCUAGAAAAGAAUGAGUUCUCUCCUUCAAACACCAUGUUUGAGGGAUGCUGCUAUUUACCUUGGAAUAAAGUUUCCCAAGUAAAAAAGCUCCUAAAACUUGACACUACUUUUGUUUGUGUACUUAAGGAAGAACUGUGUGUCUCUUGUUCCUAGAAAUAAACCAAACUGACAUCAUAA